AGGUUGAAUUUUUAUCCGCCGCUGAUGGUGCUGCUGGGCGAGGAGGCGCUGGAUGCGCGUGCGCCGGCGCUGGAUCUGCUCCGUCUGGCUCCGGCGACCUUACCCCGUGGCUCCGGGACAGGAAGGCUACCCCGACGACAUACAGCGAGGAGGAUGAAGACACCCAGCCAUGGAUUUUUAGCAGCACUCACUCAAGGAAAAAGAGACCUCAACACGCCAAUGGAUGCAGCCAGCCUCCAACUCACCACGCACCUGCACCAACUUGAUGUAGGGAGAGGAGGAGUGAGGCUUCUCUCACGGGAUGACGCCCAGCCAUGGGGCAGCAACAAUCCAAGAACUAUGCAGAACAGAAACAGGAGCAAUGAACGGAUGUCAUUGUUAACAUCUUCACAUGCGUGCAAAGGUGCAUGCCGAGGAGUUUGCCGCCGCCGAUGCGCAGUCCGAAGACAGUCGCGUCAGUGUGGGCGACGGCGUCUGAAAGAUGCGUGCAAAGGUGCAUGCCGAGGAGUUUGCCGCCGCCGAUGCGCAGUCCGGAGACAGUCGCGUCAGUGUGGGCGACGGCGUCUGAAAGAUUGAAGAGAAAGCAUGCACCUGUGUUGGCGAGGAGGCUGUCGUCGUGG